CGCUGCAGGUGUGUAUUGAUUUUUGUUUGCUAUACUACGACGCAAUAACAAUUUAUUACUCUGCAACAAGUGCUCACGGGUCUCAUUCGUUCGUUUCGCGUUAAUAUUAUACUUUGUGGUUCAUUUCAUAAUUGUAUACAAGUCAAUUCUGAUCAUUCGUCGGUGUUGUUCUUGGUAAGAGUGCACAUUUUUGGUUACUGUCGAAGAUUUCGUUGGAAAUUCUAAAAUUAAUUUCGGAAUUCAUCCAUAAAACUACACAAAACAAUUAGGACAACAGGUUCAUCAUAUGAAAAGUGUUGAAGUAUAAGAAUCAGUCACCAAGAAAUACGAAGAAAAAUUUAUGAUCUAAGGAUAAUUUUUAGAAAGAUUCUGAAACAAAUACAUCUACAAAAUAAUACUAAUUUUGUCUGAAAAAAAUAAAAUUUUAAUUCUACUAUGAACCGAGGACCAAAUCAACGAAGACCAGCUUCUACUCAGAGAGUAAAUGGAAUUAACCAAGCCAGGUUUUCCAAUAUAGCUUAUAAUGGAGCAUUCAAUCCUGCCAUGAAUCCUAUUAUUACUCAUAAUAAUAUGACCCAUAAUAAUCAUGGAACAGUACAAAAUAAUGGUCAAAUCUUUCGUCAAGUCAAUAACUAUCCUGCAAUUCGAAAUGAACACAUUGCAUUUGGUAUUGAACCUAAUAAUAACAUAGUGCAUCGACGAAAAAAUCAAAUUGUUCCAUCUGUUGGUCACAUUUUACAGCUUUCUCAAUCUUCAGUGAAUUAUUUUCGUCCAGAACCUACUAAUAAUUUGUAUCACAUAAUCUCACCGAUUACAACUCCAGAGGCUGUUGAAAGACGGAGACCAAUUAUUAUUGAUGGCUUAAAUAUUGGUUACUCACAUGGAAAACACAAGAAAUUUUCUGCAAUUGGCAUGUUUUUAUGUGUACAGUUUUUCAUCUUCCAAGGAUUUAAAUCCGUGAAAGUUAUGAUACCACAACAUCAUAGAGGAAUGCCUGGAACACCAACUCAUUCAAUCAUUAGUUUUUUGAUUGACCAGGGUCAUAUUUAUUUUACACCCAGUAGAGAAAUUCAAAACGUUCGUCUGACAUGCUACACUGAUCGUAUCAUUUUAGAUUUUACUGUUAAAUGUUUUAGUAUAGUAUAUGCAAACAAGUUUAUUAUUAAUCUAUUUUUUCCAUACUUUUUUAGGCAAUUGAUGUUCAUGUUUAUUGAUGAUGUCAUCAUGUUCCCCACUGACCAGUAUGGUCGCAGUUUUCCACAUUUGAAGACUUGUGAUAUUGUGCAUUUUCCUGCUUAAGCUCAAACAUAAAACCUGAUAGUACAAUACUAUAGUUCAAAUAAUAUAAUAUUUAUUCAGAGUAAGUGGUUUUAAAAGGUAUUCUUAAAUUAAUGUCAAAUUAUUUUUAUUUUAUUUGAUAAGAUACCAAUACCUCAAUUUACAAUAAGCUAUAAAUUACAACAAGAAAAUAUACUAUUUUAUAAAUUUAGUUAUAAAUACAUAUGUAGGUAACUUUAAUUACAAGAUAAUUAUUUUUAUCCUUGAAAUUGUAAUUUUUGUCAACCUAAGUUUUUAAUACUACAAAUAAUUCUGCAGAUGUUCAAAUUAAAAUACAUUUUUCCCAUAAUUAUAUUUUAAAAUGA